AGAACACAGACGAGUGAUUUUAGAAAGAGAGAGAGAGAGAGAGAGAGAGAGAGAGAGAGAGAGAGAGAGAUCUAGAAGAAAGGUGACGUCGUCGGAGAUAAUGGCGGCGGUAAGGAGAAGAGAAGGAGAUACGGUGGAAGAAAAUGAAGUUACGACGCCGGUGAAGAGGAGGAAGAUGGAGGAGGUGGAAUCAACUAGGAUAAUAUCGUCGCCGUGCGUCGUACAGGCGACGAAUAAUCGUGGUGGUGGAACGGUGGAUAGGAAUUCAGCUGGAGCGUCGGAGACGAGUGUUGUUAUAGUUCGACGGGGAGAUUCUUCGGCUCCUCCGGUUGCAGAAGAAGAAGAAGAAGAAGAAGAAGAAGAAGAGUACAGUCAAAUCGGAGAAGAUUCGUGUUGUUCAAGUAUUAGAUCCGAAGAGAAAUCAAAACGGAGAAUCGAAUUUGUAGAUUAUGUCGAGGAAAAUAACGGUGAAGAUGAUGAUGAUCAAAGUGGAACGUCAUGGAUUUAUGAUGAUUAUAAUAAGAGGAGGAGAGAUUCAAAUGGUGAGGAGGAAUCAUCAUCGAUGGAUUCAGAAGAAGAUGUUGUUGUGGAGUCUCGUCGUCGGUUAAAGAUGAGUAAGAAGAAGAAGAAGAAGAGUUGUGAGACGACGUCGACGGUGAAAGAAACUGAGUUAGAUGAUUUUUUCCAAGCGGCGGAGACUAAUCUACGCAAUCAAAUCUUAGAAUCUUCUAUCAAGUAUAACUUUGAUUUCGAGAAUGAGGAGCCACUACAAGGUGGACGAUACGAGUGGGUUAAAUUGAAUCCAUGAAGCUGAUCAUGAAGACCAACUCACCACCCCAAGUACUUGAUCUCUUCUGUAAUGCAUAUAUUUGCUUAACAAAAUCCCCAAUUGUAGAUAUAUAUCUUUCUCUCUUUCUUUCUUUCUUUCUUUCUUUCUUUCCCUCAAAUAAUUUAGUAACAUCAUGUACUUCAAAUUUCGUUUUGUCUUUCACAAGUAUAUAAUUAGAUUCAUGCUUUUUUCUUUCUC